GUGGACUCUACCGGAAGUGAUGUAGCUGGAGUGAAGUGCGCAGGAUCACGCCACCGUGCGUUGCGGUUGGUCGCCGGUUCCUCCGGUUCUUGCACCUUUUAAAUCUCUCCCUGCUGCGCGUCACAGACACAAACUUCCGCCGGGCCUGGUCCCUUCUGGUGUGGACGAUCAGGACAACACCGUCCCCUGUGUGGAGCAUGUCUCCGGCAGCAGUCCUCUCCCCGGGCUCUAAUUGGAAGCAGCGCACUGAGCAUUACUCGCGUGUCCAGAGGAUGAUCGAGCUCAGACGCAGCUCGGACACUUUGUAGCAGCAGAUGGACGAUCGACGGAAAAAGAAGCUGACGUUCUGCAGCAUAGGGCUGAUGUUUCUGCUGAGCGGUGUGGAGUAUGCUGUGAUUCUGCCCACAAUAUGGAGGUACCUGCAGACUCUAGAUGCACCACCUUACUUCCUGGGUUUGGCCCUGUCCGCUUUCAGCCUGAGUGGCCUCCUGUCGGGGCCGCUGUUCGGCCACUUGUCCGACAGAACACAAACCACCAAGAAGAUCAUCUUGUUCGCUAACCUCUUUGAGAUAAUCGGUAAUUUCAUGUACUUCAUGGGCUACUCCAAGUGGCUCUUACUGUCCAGCAGAUUGGUAGCAGGCAUCGGCACGGGUGCUGGCUCAUCUAUCUUUGGCUUCCUGACCAGGAGCACGGCUCCAGACGACCGGGCCACAGUAUUUGCUGCUGUUAUGGCAUGUCGACAGGCCGGCCUUCUGAUUGGUCCAGCAUUUAACAUCUUCCUGAGGUUGUGUAAUUUCCAACUGGGCCCUUUUGUAGUUAAUAAAUACACUUCACCAGGGCUGUUCAUGUGCUUGAUGUGGAUCCUCCUUCAGCUGGUGGUGGCCUUCAUGUACUGGGACCUGCCACCUCUGGAGAGAAAGAAAGUACAGGAGAGUUCGACAAGCAAGAGCCGGGACGAGGACAGCGAGCCAGAGCUCGUGGAAGACAAGGAAGAGGACAACGAUGAGGGAAAGCCCCUAAUGGCGUCCCAGGAGCUGGUGGGGUCAUACGGCUCAGUGGUGACACCCAACGACAAGAGGAACGACUUCUCUGCUGCCUCCAACUCCUCGCUGAAUCAAAUCUCCCCUCCUCCCUCACCACCGCCACCAGAGAUCCGAGAGUCCUCCAGCCCCUUCAAGGAUUUCAGUAUGUCUCGAGAGUUCCUGAGAGAAGAGGUGGUUGUGCUGUUGGCUGCUCAGUUCAUCACCCUCUUCAAUCAGACAGCACUGGAGACGAUGGUGACUCCACUGACUCAGAAGUACUUUGGCUACGGGGAGCUGGAGAACAGCGUGAUGUACUGUCUGUGUGGCGUGGAGGUGAUCGCUGGCUUCUUCUUUGUGCGCUGGCUGAGCCGGCGUGUCGGUGAGCGGGUGGUCCUGGCCGUGGGUUUGGCCAUCUGCAAUGUCUCUGGUGUCUGGUGCCUCAUCUUCCUGGCGAACCCGAUAGGUGGUUUUCCUUGGCCGCUGACUGAGUUCAUCGUCGGGGUGUUUCUGCAGGUGUUGGGUUUGCCAUUUGUAGCUGUGGCCCAGGUUUCCCUCUUCUCCAAAGUCACUUGUGAGAAAACACAAGGUUUCAGUCAGGGAGUGCGUCGCUCAGUCGGAGGUCUAGCCACCAUCCUGGGCCCUCUGUGGGCUGGUGGCCUCACUGAGAACAUUUAUAUCAUGAUGGGGGUGAUGAUGGCACUGCUGGUGCUGCUGACGGUUAUGCUGGUGUUCUCAUUCGACCGUCUGGUUGAACCUGCUGCUGAGGAGGAAGCUGACGGCCCAGACAGCCGUGCUUAAUCCAACAGGAACAAUCAACAUGGAAGGAGGCUGUUUGCAAGUAUAAUGGAUGCAGGGCUCCAGGACUUUGUAUCACAUUCAUAAAAAAACUUUUUUUUUUUCAUAAAUAUAAAUUAUGAUUUUGUGCAAGACGGGUAAAUACCACUAUUAUUGUUUUCUGUUUUCCUGCAUCUUAUUCUGUAUUUUCUUUUUCCCUCUGAAACACGUGUCACCACCUCUGGAGUCCUUUCUUAAAACUUGGACUUGUCAGACUGUGUGUGGAGGCAGAUGAAAGUACUGUUUUAUAUUUAUACACAUUUAUAUAUUUCCCAUGGAAAUACAGCGUCACAAUAGCAUCACAUGUGCAAGCUUCAGCAGUAUCACAAAUUCUGCUUAGCUGUUAAAUUACUGUUAAAUUAAUUAACAUGCAAAAUGGUUGUGGAUUUAGUUUACUGACCUUGUGUUGCAGUUUGUAGUCAUAUUACUUUAUUCAUUUAAGCAUUACAUUAUAUUUUGGAAAAACAGACAUUUGAAAUAAAAUGAAACAGUGUUUUCGUAGUAAGUUUCUUAGAGUUACUGUAAAGUGAAAUAUUUAAAGGUCGACUAGAUUUUUACUUUGCAGAUACAUUAAAAUGUUUUCAACUUUGAUGAAAUAUUUCAUCCAUUUCAUAUACGUCUGACAUUUAUCUCCUUGAACACGCCUCAAAAACAAGAACUCAGAUUUUCUUUGCAGUUUUUUAAAAUUAAUUUCAUUUUUCACAGUGACCUAUCAUUGAAGCAAUGUGUUGCAUUAAAUCUCUGUAACAAGAAUGAAUAACACUAACACAAAAUAAUUAGAUUAAAGUAGUUUUUACCAGUUUGUUAUGGUGAAGAAAAUGCUGUUACACUAAUAAUGCACAACUGCACUCAGGGAAAUGUUAAGUUAGUUGUAGGCUGCAGUGUAAAAAUGAUCACAGUAGGUGAUGUUACACUUAAGAUUAAGAUCUAUUUGUAAAGUAAUUCUACAAAUAAUACCAUCUAUAUACAAACCAUAUACAGAUAUUCAUUAAAACGUAAUUGAAACUGGCUCUUAAAAAUUGAAAUAUAUUGUAAAGGUUGUUAAAUGAUUGAACAAGUUUUCUGCUUUGAGAGAGCUGAGCAGUAGAAAUACAAAUUUGGGAUUUUUUUGGGGGGGGGUGUAGUACAUUUUUUUAACACAGGUGGGCGCUCUUAGUCUGUAUUUCAAUAUACUGUAUGUGUUUCCUAUAGCUGAUGAGUCUGAUGUGAUAAAUGUGAUUCAAAAAACACACUUGGGGAAAAAGUCUUUAUUGGCACAUUUUGUUGCGUAAAAAUACUCUUUUAGUUUUUGGUGCGGAAAACAAAUAUAUGAAUCACUGUAUUUUUUGUUUGUUUGUACACCUUGAUAAUAUUUUUUAGCUUUUAUAUUCACAAAAAUGUGAGUCUUUUAUGGGCAACAUGUACAUUCACUUUAAUUGUAUUCCUUGUGUCUUUACAAAAACAUAAACCUUCAUCAUAUGUCA